AUGACUCCUUCAUCAUUGCAUGUGGGUCUUUGGAAGCAGAGUUUGUUAAUGGCUGUGUGGCAUGGUGCAUAUGAAGGUCCUUCAAAACUCUAUGCUGAAGGUGGAGUUGGGGCAUACGCUCAAAAAAUGCUUGGCGUUCCUAAAUCAGAGAAGGAAGAAAUUGAGUGCCUUCUUGCAUCCAUAGUUCCUUAUGCUUCUAGAGUAUUGUAA